CAUUUAUGAAAACCUUGUACAAGUAUAAAAUAUUUCAUUACAAAUGCACUAGUAUAUAAUUUACAAUAAAUUUAACACAUGUCGUUUUAUCAAAAGAAAGAAAGCAGAAUGAACGAACGAACGAAUGUUGGAACGAAGAAAUUAACGUGUGCACAAAUCAAAUGCUUGGAAACGCACAUUCGAUACCAAAAGAAAUUAACCUUCAGUCUGCUAUCGGCAAGUGUUUAAUGCCUUUGCGACCAGUGCAGACCAAGACCAGCCUGCAUUGUUCGCUAUCCAGUCAGUUAAAUUUCAGUGAACACCCCUCCGAAUAAUAAAUGGUACUGCCCAAAUUGAAUGGACAAGUUCAUUUUAGAAAUAUAGCACGGUAAAGGUUAAGCCAGUAAUUAAACACUGUUACUGUCUCUGUCAUUUUAAAUGACCAAUUAAAUAUGCAAAUUAACACAAGGCGACAAUUGAUCGCACUGCAAUAGAUACGUUUAAAACGAAUACAUUCAGAAAACGUGUACUUUUAUUGAUUAAUAAACAGAUGUUGGAAAUAUGCGGCAUAAUUAGAUAUUGACUUGUAACGGUAUUUAAAAAUAACUAUCAAUAGGCCCUACAGUUCUGUUUGUUUAAAAUGAUAUAUUAUUUUCACGGUCGGGUAAUUUAAGGUAAUUCGUACUUCAUGUUUACAGAAUAAUUAUAUACGUGUAAUUAAUUAUUAACUGUUUAAGAGAAAGUGGAUACGUUAGAACAAUUCAGUCACAACUAAAUGGUUAAACAAGUGGAAUACAAGUGGUUGAAUAAAAACGGACCCUUAACAAAUUUCGAACGCACGUGAGAAAUGUGCAAUGCGACCGUGUACCAGUUUUUAUCAGGAUUUAUUGUGGGAGUGGCGCUCUGUUUCUAUAUUGUUGGUGUAAAGAUGAGAAAUGCAGACGACACAAAAGAACUCAUCGGCGUUCCGCUGGAAGUGGCAGAAAGCUCAAUUUUGUUAAAGGUGUUCCGUAACUGGAUUAAAUUAAAUGAAAAAGAUUGGUACAAGUACGAAGGUAACAAAUUACCGGAAGUCUUCUUGGAUUCGAACAACAGAACAGUAAUCACGUGCCUGGUACCGUUUCUGGGAGAGCACAAAGAACUCGAUCAAACAGAAUCUGAAAUCAUUGUCACGUGGGUUGAAACAUGUGAUCACGUGGUAUUCCUAAGAAAUAGACACACACCUGCUAUUCAGAAAACAUUAGAGAAACUACUGUUCAAAAGACACACGUCGAAGAAAAUGUCUGUUGGUUAUUUUUAUGUUGCUGGAAACAUGUCUACAGCAGACGACAACACGACCCAAGCUGAGCAAUGGAUAAAGUCUCAAUACAAAGCUGUCGAAUUUGCAUAUAAGAAAUAUGCGGACUCAAGUUUAUAUAUCAUUACACCCAACACAUCAGAUACUAUAAAUUAUUUCUCUAAAAUUUUAAGCGAAAGCUCAAGGGACGAAGUAUUUGGCAGCUUGCAAAAUCUUUUGUCAACCAACAGUUCUAUAAAUAGUAAUGCAGUAUUGAAACUGGACAAAAGUUUGCUUAUUGGGAAAAAGGCCGUCUCUAAAUUAAUAAAAAUGACAAAUUCAAAUAGAUGCACUUUCAAAAGUCAACGUGUGUUCGGCGAGUGGGCAUAUCAGUGCAUAAAAACAAGUAACGAAAAAUAAUGUUUCGUACCUUGAUUUACAAGAAAGCAAUCGCUAGGUUUUAGAACAAUCCAAGUAAAUCUUAUAUUGUUACAUUUUAUUGAAAUUAUAUUUAUUUUAAUAAAACAAAAUCACUAGUACAUGUAGUACAUGUGAACAAAAAAUCUCGAUUCAACAA